GUCGCGGUGUGCCAGAUGCAUGUGACCGCGGACAAAGCGCAGAACCUGCAGACAGCCAAGAGGGCCAUCGAGGACGCUGCUGCCCAGGGCGCCAAGCUGGUGGUGCUUCCGGAGAUGUGGAACUGCCCCUACUCCAACGACUCAUUCCCCACAUACGCCGAGGACAUAGAGGGCGGGGCUAGCGGCAGUGUGGCCAUGUUGUCGGCGGCGGCCGCGGCUGCCUGCGUUACGCUGGUCGCGGGUUCGAUCCCUGAGCGAUGCGGUGACCGCCUGUACAAUACGUGCUGCGUUUUCAACUCGCGCGGCGAGUUGCUCGCGAAGCACCGGAAGGUGCACCUGUUUGACAUUGAUAUCCCCGGGAAGAUCACCUUCAAGGAGUCGCUGACGCUCAGUCCGGGUCCAGGGCCCACCGUGGUGGAUACGGAGGCGGGGCGACUGGGGAUCGGGAUCUGCUACGACAUCCGGUUUCCGGAGCUGGCGCAGCUGUACGCGGCACGUGGCUGCCAAGUGCUCAUUUACCCUGGUGCCUUCAACAUGACCACGGGCCCAGUUCACUGGGAGCUGCUAGCGCGGGCGCGUGCCGUGGACAACCAGAUCUUUGUCAUCACGUGCUCACCAGCACGCAACCCGUCAUCCUCAUACCAGGCCUGGGGCCAUUCUACAGUGGUAGGGCCCUUUGCGGAGAUCCUAGCCACCACGGACCAUCAGCCGGGAACCAUCUACACAGAGCUAGACUACUCGCAGCUGGCGGAGCGGCGGGCAAAUAUGCCGCUGCGGCAACAGAAACGGCACGAUCUCUAUGUGUUGCUGGACAAGACAGCAUAACAUUUACUGGGCGAUGUUUUGAGAUAUCCAGGGAUUGCGUCGUGGCGGUAUGAGAUGUAUCGGUACGAGUGGCGCCAUGACGGCUUUGGUUUUGGGUAUUGCACGCAGACGUGUCGCAUAUACCACAGAGUCAAGGGUGGUGUUGAAAAACACCGUAAUACGAAAGAUACCGC